GGAAAAAAAAACGUAACAAAAUCACACUGUGAUGUCCUGCAAGGUGAAGCGUAGCAUGUUUCAUACGAGUAAAUGCAGGAAUACACUGACUCUGUAUUCAUUUGGAGCAAACUGUGCUCGCAAGAGGAUGGAGGCCAGCGUGAUUCUGUGUGGCACCUGGAGUUUUGGGACAUGACGCAGAGGACCGUCUUAAAACCAGAUACUACGAUGACACCACUUUCCCUUCACUUGGUCUUCCUGGCAGCUGCAGUUUUGGUGGUGCAGCUGAUGGUGAAUCAGGCAUCGGCUAAAACCACACCACGGCCUAAAAACCAGUACACCAAGAAGCCCCUCGUCCCCCAGGAGCUGCCCCGGACCACCAUCACUGCAAGGAUGUCCAGUACUGCUAGGACAGUGGAGACCACCCACUCCAUGGACGUCUUCCCCCCGACCACCACCGACAGCACCACCUACCUCAGUGGUGCCUUCCCAGAUUACCACACCAGUAGCACACCACCCCCUGGUGUUGGCCAUGAAAACUACACUCUGGACUACAACGAGUGCUACUUCAACUUCUGCGAGUGCUGCCCACCGGAGAGAGGCCCCCGGGGCCCGAAGGGGGACAGAGGGCCACCAGGUGCACCCGGUCAGAAGGGGGAGGUAGGACCCACGGGACUGCCUGGACCCAUGGGCCUUGCUGGAGUUACAGGAGGAAGAGGAGACAAAGGAGAAAAAGGUGACCAAGGAAACAAUGGAGUUGCUGGAACACCAGGAAUUCCGGGCAAACAAGGAGAGAAAGGUGACCAGGGCUCCAAGGGAGAAAAAGGUGACAUUGGCUUUCCCGGGUUCAAAGGUGACCACGGUGAGAAGGGCGACCCCUGUGAGAACGGGACAAAGGGUGAGAAAGGAGAGCCUGGACAGGAGGGGCCUGCAGGACCACCAGGGCUGGCAGGGGAGAAGGGGGCGAAGGGCGACCCCGGAGAUAAGGGGGACUGCGGGAUGUUCGCAGAUAGAGGACACAAGGGGGAGAAAGGGGACCCUGGCCCUCCAGGUCUGCCGGGUCCCCCAGGAAUGGACGGAACACAAGGAGCCCCUGGAGCCCCGGGAGCAGUGGGAGAUCCAGGAAAACCCGGACCUCCUGGGGCGAAGGGGGAGCCAGGGGGGCGAGGGCCCCCAGGUCCACCAGGGGGGAGGGGCAUGAACGGGCCAAAAGGCGACAGGGGUCCCCCAGGGAUGAGGGGAGAGCGGGGGCCGAGGGGGAUCAAGGGGGCCAAGGGCGCGAGCGAGGUGCAGAGGCGGUCGGGGUUCAGCGUGGGCCUGUUCCCCAGCAAGUCCUUCCCCCCGCCCGGCUUCCCCGUCAAAUUCGACAAGGUCUUCUACAACGGCGAGGACCACUACGACCUCAGCAGCAGCAAGUUCAACUGCACCCACCCCGGCGUCUACGUCUUUGCCUACCACAUCACCGUGCGCAACCGGCCCCUGCGUGCCGCCCUGGUGGUCAACGGCGUGAGGAAACUGCGCACACGCGACUCCCUCUACGGCCAAGACAUCGACCAGGCCUCCAACCUGGUGCUGCUGAGGCUGGCGGCGGGGGACCAGGUGUGGCUGGAGACGCUGAGGGACUGGAACGGGGCCUACUCCAGCAGCGAGGACGACAGCACCUUCUCAGGAUUCCUGCUGUACUCAGAUAAGGCCUGACUCCUCCCUUCCCCUGUCA